UGCUCUUCAAAACCUCCGUCAUGUCCUCCGUCGUAGAGACGCGAACGGCAUCGCUAUCGCGAGGCCCGGAUCCGAAGCUCAAGCACUCUGUUAAGGAAGAGGCACCUGCAGACAACAACAUUCCCGAUAACUAUGUCUCCUGGACUCUCAAGAACCAGGAGCCUCUGCCUCCGGUCACCCUUGAAAACCUCUUCGAGAACAUACAGUGGCUGAACCUCGCCGUCCUUACUAUCAUUCCCUCUGUCGCCAUCUAUGGCCUCUUCACAGUCAAGAUGCAGUGGCAGACAUUCGUCUGGAGUGUCAUCUACUACUUCAUAACGGGUAUCGGUAUCACUGCCGGCUACCACCGUCUAUGGGCACACCGGUCAUACAAUGCCUCAAAGCCUCUCAAGUACUUCCUCGCGGCCGCGGGUACCGGCGCUAUCCAAGGCUCAGUCAAGUGGUGGUGUCGUGGCCACCGCGCCCACCACCGCUAUACUGACACCGAACUCGACCCGUACAACGCACACAAGGGCUUCUGGUACUCCCACGUCGGCUGGAUAAUCAUCAAGCCCCGAUACAAGCCUGGUGUGGCCGAUGUCAGCGACCUGAGCAAGGACUCUGUGAUCCAGUGGCAGCAACGGUGGUAUAUGUGGCUCAUCCUUGGGUUUGGCUUGGUCUUGCCCACUGUUGUCACCGGGAUUGGGUGGGGUGACUGGAGGGGUGGGUUCUUCUUCGCGGGUGCGGCCCGUCUGUGUUUUGUCCACCACUCUACUUUUUGCGUCAACUCGCUCGCACACUGGUUCGGCGAGACACCUUUCGAUGACAAUCAUACGCCGCGCGACCACUUCAUCACCGCACUCGUCAGCGUCGGUGAAGGCUACCACAACUUCCACCACCAGUUCCCGAUGGACUACCGGAACGCGAUCAGGUGGUACCAGUACGACCCGACGAAAUGGUUCAUCUGGGUGUGCGCGCAGCUGGGCCUGGCGAGCCACCUGAAGGUGUUCCCGGAGAAUGAAGUCAAGAAGGGCCAGCUGACGAUGGAGCUGAAGCGGCUGCGGGCGACGCAGGAUGGCCUUACGUGGGCGCGCGACAUCCAGGAGCUCCCAGUGAUCAGCUGGGAGAGCUUCCAGGAACAGGCCGUUAAACGUGCACUCGUCGUCAUCGCCGGCUUCAUCCACGACGUCGCUGACUUUGUGGACGAGCACCCCGGCGGGCGACACCUGCUGGUGAAGUACAUCGGCAAGGAUGCGACGGCGGCGUUCUUCGGCGGCGUAUACGGCCACUCGAACGCGGCGCACAAUUUGCUGUCAAUGAAGCGCGUCGGGAUCUUGCACGGCGGCAUCCAGCACGGCCUACAGGACAAGACGGUCCCGCCUGCGCAGCGGCUUCGGGUUGCGCGGUACAACGAGCUUGGCGGGUUGCCGAACUGUUCGUCUAGCGCGGUGUCGGACAACGAGGGCAUGAUCGGCUGAGCGGCGUCUUGUCAUACUCUUGUGGUUUGUUUUGUCCGAUGAGGCCUUUUGCAUAUGGGCUGUAUUCUGUAGAAUAUUUUGUUGUCAUUCUUUGUUAUGGUGACUUUGUAUGAAAGACAUCCGAAUAGCAAACUUCUUUCC